AAUAUUUUAUAAUUUAGAAUUAGUUUCAUAUAUAUAUAUAUAUAUAUAUAUAUAUAUAUAUAUAUAUAUAAAUAUAUUCGCUAAAAUGUCAAGAAAGAACACCAUAGGACCAGAAUACUUCCGGCUGCAUGAAAAUGAGCGCCUCAUGCGGACUCACGAGACAGUGGUCGAUUUGAUUAAUGAUAGACCUGCAAACCACAGCUUUUUAGAUGCCUUAAGUUUUGGUUAUAGGUUUGUUCCAGGAUUGGAUAGGUUUGCAGCUCUUACAGGGUAUGAAGAUUUAUCUGACGAGGAUUAUUAUUAUGAUGAUGAUGACAAUGACGAUAGAUAUGCCCUCCGUACAAACAACAGAUACUGUGGCUUUUCUCGCAACUUCCUUGAAAGAAGUCUGCCAAAACCAUCCAGAUGCAUAACAGCUGAGGAAGCAGAAAGAAAUGCAAAAGAGCUAGUGGAUGAAGAAGAAAAACUUAAGAAAAAAGCAGAGAAGAAAAAACAGAAAAAGAUGAGACAGAAGGAGAGACGUCGGCUGGAAAAAUUAGAAAAGGAGAAUGCAGAUAAAGAAAAAAAUAAACUGGUUCAAGUUGACCCUGGACCAGAAAAGAUUGAGCAUGCUGGUAAAAAUGAAAAUAAAAUGAAAAACAAAAAUUGUUCAUCUCUGCCUCCUGGGCCUCAAUGUGCCUCAGCUCCUGUGCAGAGCAGUGAUAGCAGUAGUGAAGACAACGGAGACGAUGGUGAGGAAGACUCAACUGCGGAACCAGAGGAGCUUGACAUGAAUAGCUGCUUUGUGUCAAACGCAGCUGCUAUUGCCAAACGCAAACUGGAACAAAAACCCAAACCUGACAAGAAACAUGAUCAAGCAAACUCAACAAAAAAACCAUGUGGCUCUGAGCAGAAAGACACCACUCCGUCACGAAAACAGAUCGAUAUCAAGGAGGAGAAGUCGGAGGAGAUUGUCAAUACAAAUGAUUUGAUUACGAGAAGCAUGGAGUUGGCAGUUAUAGGUAACCAGUAUGCCAUCUCCGGUAACCUGGAAAUGGCAGUGAAAUAUUUUACAGAUGCUAUAAAACACAAUCCUAAAGAGUAUAAGUUAUUUGGGAAUCGUUCUUACUGCUAUGAAAAGAUGCUGCAGUAUGAGAAAGCUUUAAAUGAUGCUGAUAUUGCUCUUUCUAUGAACCCCAAAUGGAUUAAAGGUCUUUACAGAAAAGGAAAAGCGCUUGUUGGACUGAAGAGAUACUAUGAAGCCAGAGUUACAUAUAAUGAAGUGUUAAAACUGGACCGCACAUGUAAGGAUGCAGCUGAGGAAAUGAUGAGGGUGCAGCUCAUGCAGCUUAUGGAAAUGGGAUUCACUAAAGAGCAGAGUUCAAAUGCCCUUAUUCUUCAUGGAACUGUAGAAAAAGCCCUAGAAAGUCUCUCUGGUCUGUCAGGUUUAAGCCCUGUCCUAGUGCCCGGAGAAUGCAAGUUUAUGUCCGUUAAGCAAAACCCACAACCUCCAGCUAUUUUCCCCCUCAGACCUCUUCCUCCGCAUCAGCCUCGACCCAGUAUGCCAACUGCUUCUCCAGUUCAUCGUCAUCCUCCAGACCUAUUCCCUAUCUGGGUCGGAAAUCUGGUGCCUUCUAUAACAGAGCCAAAGCUUUAUGACUUAUUCAGAUCUGUUGGGCAUGUCCAUAGUGUAAGAGUGUUACAGAUGAGGCGCUGUGCAUUUGUUAACUACGCCAAGAAGGAGGACUGUGAGAAAGCCAUCAAAGAAUUCCAUGGUUAUGCCAUUGAUGGGACAACUCUAGUGGUGCGUUAUCCAGAUAGGAUUCACACACGUCUUGGAGUGUCCAGAGAUGCAUCUACGGAGUCCUCAGGGAAGAAUGGCAAACAGCCUGAUGAAUGUUAUUUUUGGAGGACAAAUGGCUGUAUUAAGAAUGGCUGCACUUAUAAGCAUAUACCAGAAAACAAAGGCAUUGACCGAAAUGAAGCCAAAUCACACCCCUGAUUCCCAGCACACAGACAGGGAUUUAACCAUCUCAAUCACUGUAAUUAGUUGAAUACAGUAAAAAUUCACAUGCAUAAAACGUCAGCGUGGGGC